CGGUAGUUGUCGUCCAUUGUCUUUUUUCACUCUCGCGGUGGAGGGGCGAUACGUUAAGCUCAACGAUUUGACCCACGUGCAUGCUCCCAAAAUCACACUCAAUUCAUCCUUCUACUGUUUUACCAGCUCUAAAUGAUUCUCCGAUAACUCCCAAAUCUCAAUCAACCCCUUUCGGUUUCUUUUCUCCAGUUACACAGCUGAAAUAUGGGAAUUUGAUUCAAGGUACAAUACUCAUUGACAGCUGAAAGUUUGGAAAUUCGAUUCAAAGUAAAGUCAUCUCUCCCUGCUGAUAGUUGGGAAUUCGAUUCAAGGUUUCUUUCCCAAAUAUAUAAUAAAGUUGCUCCAAGACUGUCAUGCUGAAUGCUGAUUUCAGGGGGUGGGGAUGGGAUGAAUUCCACAAUGGAUGAACUGAACUUGAUUGAGCAGGCUCAGAGACAUCACCACCUUGUGGUGAGGGAGAUAGAAGAGAUUGAUUUGGAAAUUGGAGCAGGGGAUGAUGAUGACGGCCACUCAUUUGCCCAACGCACCCUGAUUUCCGUUACACCACAAGAAUCUGAAGCCGAGGAGCACAGAGAGAAUGGCAAGCUCAUCAUGGUUUCUCAACUUCCGACUGAGAGUCAAGAUCUGUCAAAGAUACAACCGAUGAAGAAGAAGAAAAAGGUGGUUAAGAGAUGGAGGGAAGAAUGGGCCGAUACAUAUAAGUGGGCCUAUGUUGACGUGAAAGAUGGAACUCCAAGGAUAUUCUGCUCUGUUUGCAGGGACUAUGGACGGAAACAUAGGAGGAAUCCUUAUGGAAAUGAAGGAAGCAGAAACAUGCAGAUGAGUGCUUUGGAAGAGCAUAAUAAUAGUCUACUUCACAAAGAGGCUCUUCGUCUCCAGAUGGCGUCCAAAGAGAAACUUAUUGCAGAUAAACCAGUGUAUGUUAAAGCUCUCAUGUCAAAAACAUCUGGAUCAAUUAUUGAAGCUGCGUUGAAAAGAGAUCCUCAAGAAGCCGAGUUUCUACAAUCCAUUCAAGAGGCUAUUCAUGCAUUAGAAAGAGUGAUAUCAAAAAACUCUAAUUAUGUCAGUAUGAUGGAGCGGUUAUUAGAACCUGAGCGUACAAUUAUUUUUCGAGUUCCGUGGGUUGAUGAUAGGGGCGAGACACAUGUGAACCGUGGAUUUCGGAUUCACUUCAAUCAGACCCUCGGUCCAUGCAGGGGUGGACUCCGUUUCCACUCAUCAAUGAAUCUAAGCAUUGCGAAGUUUCUUAGUUUUGAACAGACUUUAAAGAAUGCCUUAUCUCCAUAUAGACUAGGAGGUUCUUCAGGUGGAAGUGAUUUCGAUCCAAAAGGAAAAAGUGACAACGAGAUAAUGCGGUUUUGUCAGAGCUUUAUGAAUGAAUUAUAUCGUUAUUUAGGCCCUGACAAGGACCUUCCUACAGAGGAGAUGGGUGUUGGCACACGUGAAAUGGGUUUUCUGUAUGGUCAAUACCGCAGGCUGGCAGGGCAAUAUCAGGGAAGUUUUACGGGGCCCAGAGUAAAUUGGUCGGGCGCCAGCCUUCGCACAGAGGCUACUGGCUAUGGAUUGGUUUUCUUUGCACAACUUAUACUUGCAGACAUGAACAAAGAACUAAAAGGACUAAGGUGUGUGGUUAGUGGUUCUGGAAAAAUUGCAAUGCAUGUCCUGGAGAAGCUUAUUGCAUAUGGGGCUAUUCCUAUCACAGUAUCAGACUCAAGAGGUUAUCUUGUGGAUGAAGACGGGUUUGAUUUCAUGAAAAUAUCUUUCUUAAGAGACAUCAAAGCUCAACAUAGAAGCUUGAGAGAUUACUCUAAAACUUAUGCUCGCUCAAAGUACUAUGAUGAGGUGAAGCCUUGGAAUGAAAGGUGUGAUGUGGCAUUCCCAUGUGCGUCACAAAAUGAAAUUGAUCAAAGCGAUGCGGUUGCUUUAGUAAAUUCAGGUUGUCGCAUAGUUGUGGAAGGAUCAAAUAUGCCAUGUACCCCCGAGGCAGUUGAUAUUAUGAGAAAGGCUAAUGUUAUAGUUGCUCCUGCUAUGGCUGCUGGGGUAGGAGGGGUUGUUGCUGGGGAACUAGAACUGAAGGAAUGCAACUUGAGCUGGUCUCCUCAAGAUUUUGAAUCAAAGCUACAGGAAGCAAUGAAACUGACGUAUGAGAGAGCGUUAAAAGCAGCAAAUGACUUUGGGUACCAAAAAGAGAGUCCCGAGGCAUUGGUGCAUGGAGCAGCAAUUUCUGCCUUUCUUACCAUUGCCAACGGCAUGACAGAUCAAGGCUGUGUAUAGUCUCUAUCCCUUCCUUCUGCUCGUGCCCCGUCCUUAUUUGUCACAAAUUUGAGUAUGUAUAAAAGAUGCCGAGCAUGAUAGGGGUGGAAUUACUUAUUUGCCCACUCACUCACCCCCGAGCUGCUCUCUCAACGGUGUGUUGUUUUUGUAUCUUCUUGUAUUGUUGAAGAAGAAUGAAUCAAUGACCCACCCGAGUUUGAUACAUCUAUAUAUAGUCGUGAUAUGGAAAUAUGUAAAGGCUGGCAGACUGGUGGACCAAUUUAUUAUUCAUUUAUAGUAGAAGGGUUUAUCUGUAAGAUGUGUAUUGUACUGUAUAUUAUUAUUGUUAAGAAUGAGUAACAUUUGGUGAGGGUUAUUUAGUUUUUUUUCUUGUUGUGUAAACAAUUUCAAAAAAAUGUGGUGAAUUAU